CGCGUUUUCCAUGCCACCCCCAAUUCUCAUUUCCUCAUGCGUGCAAGCUAUGCUCUAAUCCCUUUAAAUUCUAAACCAAAACAACAUUCCCACUUCCCAAUUUCCCUUUUUUCUUCCUUGAUUCUUCUACUGUUCUAAGUUUGUUUUUAAAGCUUUCAACUUCACCUUAAUAAUUGCGUCUUGUUGUAUGCCUUUGCCUUUCUUUGUUUUGAAGAUAAAACCUUUUCUCCCUCAUUUUUUUUCUUUCCCUGUUAAUGCCAUUCUUUGGAUAAGAUUCCAUCAAUCUUCAUCUUCUUUUUUCUAUCUGGGUUUUUUUUUAAGCAUUGAAAGUGUUCAAAAUCUCAAUGAUUUUGGUUAUUUCAGUGCAUAUGUUCAUAACCUGUUUGAUAUAAAGUGUGUUUGAACAGAUUUAAAGCUCUGGGUUUUGUGAAAGGUGUUGAAUUUGGGUUUUCAUAACUUUUUGUUUUCUUUGCUUAGAUCUGAUCUAAACAGAGCUAUGGGAAAUCAUGGUAGCAAGAAAACAUCAGAACCAUCGUCGUCAUCGUCGUCAUCAUCAUCAUCAUCAUCCUCAUCGGCAUCGACAUCAUCUAUCAGUCUUAGCAGCAAUUUGCAGUACACAACUGAAUUAAGCUCCUAUGAAGCAGCUUGUAAGCUAGACAAAGAGCUGCAAACAUUCGACACCAAUGUCCAAGCUCGAACCAAUCGAGUCAUCAACACGCUAGCCAUGGGUGUCGAGGUUCGAGCCCUUUCGUUCGAUUCGCUCAAAGAGGUAACAGGUUGUCUCUUAGAGAUGAACCAAGAGGUGGUUAAAGUUAUCUUGGACUGCAAGAAAGAUAUAUGGAAGAGCCAAGAAUUGUUUGAGCUAGUUGAAGAGUACUUUGAGAACAGCCUGCAAACACUCGAUUUUUGCUCCGCGUUGGAGAAGUGCCUAAAACGAGCUCGGGAUAGCCAGUUGUUGAUCCUAAUGGCGCUGCAACAAUUCGAGGACGAAAGCGAGGUUAACGGCAGCAAAUAUGUGAAGACAUUGGAAGAACUGAGGAAUUUCAAGGCAGCUGGGAACCCUUUCACUGAUGAAUUCUUUCAAAUAUUUCAAUCUGUUUAUAGGCAACAAAUAGCAAUGCUUGAGAAGCUGCAUCAGAGGAAGAACAAGCUUGACAAGAAGCUCAAGUGUAUCCACACGUGGCGUAAGGUAUCGAGCAUGAUAUUCGUUGCCACGUUCGCCACAGUGUUGAUUUGUUCGGUUGUGGCAGCCGCCAUGGCUGCUCCUCCGGUGGCUGCUGCACUCGCCGCUGCAACGUCCAUCCCAUUGGGUUCGAUGGGGAAAUGGAUCGAUUCCCUGUGGAGGAACUACGAAAACGUGUUGAAAGGGCAAAAGGAAGUGAUCACCUCAAUGCAAGCAGGCACUUAUGUGGCCAUUAAAGACUUGGAUAACAUUCGGGUACUUGUGGAGCGGUUGGAGAUCGAGAUCGAAGCCCUGUUGCAGAACGCGGGUUUCGCGAUAGAACAAGAAGAAGCCGUGAGGAUCGGGAUCGAUGAGAUCAAGAAGAAGCUAGGGGUGUUCAUGAAGAAUGUGGAGGAUUUAGGGCAACAAGCCGAUAAUUGUAGCCGCGACAUAAGGAGGGCGAGGACUGUUGUUCUUCAAAGGAUCAUAAAACAUCCUAACAAUUGAUGUUCUAUUGAGAUCAUUUCAAACCCUGGGAAAGUUGACCUCUUUUCAUCUUUGGUGCUGACAAUAUUGACAAAAAUUUGAUUGAUUUGCCACAUCCUGGUUAUGUAUGUUUUUUCAGGUCUCACAGAUUAUUGAUAUUUUCCAUUUGGGAAAUGUUUCUUUGAUUCUAUGUAAUUAUUGAAUACUAUUUUUACUAUUUUCUAAA